ACUUCAGGCGCCGAAAUGAAAAGUUUAUACAGUUAUUGCUGCUCUGCUAUCUUUUCACUUGGCAUUUUCUGAACUUUUGAAUAGACUUAAAGACAUUUUCAGAGACGAAAGAAUAGUUUGGAUUUACGUUGAUAUGGUUUAUCCUCUCGAAAUGAUAUGUUGUCAGGGUUUUUAUGCCAGCUAGAGAGCUGUUAUGUUGAUGAAAUGUCCAGAGUUUGCUGCGAUCACCAUGCGCUACUAGAUCAGUGAUGAACAUUUUAUUUCGAUCGCUGUUAAGAGUGACAAUUCGCAGUGGAUUUUGUAGGCAACUCUCUGUAAGCAUGAUAAGACGAACUCAGAUUAGAAAAGUGCUUUGUGUUGCUGAGAAAAACGAUGCAGCUAAGGGUAUAGCAGAAAUCAUGUCCAAUGGGAGAUCAAGAAGGAGAGAGGGAUACUCUGUCUACAACAAAAUAUAUGAGUAUGAAUACAACCUGUUUGGCCAGAAUGUAACUGUUAUCAUGACGUCAGUAUCCGGCCAUCUCUUGGGUCUUGAAUUCAAAGCCCCUUUUCAGAAAUGGCAUAGUUGCAAUCCAGUCUUGUUAUUCGAUGCUGAGGUGGAAAAGUAUUGCCCUGAGAACUUUGUGCCUGUCAAAAGAACCUUGGAGAGAGAGGUGAGACAGUGUCAAGCUCUGGUCAUUUGGACUGAUUGUGACAGAGAAGGAGAGAAUAUCGGCUACGAGAUUAUUGAUGUCUGCAAAGCUGUGAAGCCAAACAUUCAGGUUUUCCGUGCGCGCUUCUCUGAGAUCACCCCGAACUCGAUUAGGAGAGCCUGUGAGACUCUCACUGAGCCGGAUAUCAAUGUUAGUGAUGCAGUGGAUGUGAGACAGGAGCUUGAUCUCCGCAUCGGGGCUUCAUUUACCAGGUUCCAGACGUUACGUUUGCAGAAGAUUUUCCCGGAAUCUCUUUCUGAUCAGCUCAUCAGUUAUGGCAGCUGUCAGUUUCCUACCCUUGGCUUUGUGGUUGAACGGUUUAAAGCCAUUCAAGCCUUCAUCCCUGAAACUUUCUUUAAAAUCAAAGUUGUUCAUGAGCCUAACGAGGAGGAGUCAGUUGAAUUCAGCUGGAAAAGACAUCGUCUUUUCAACCACACAGCAUGCCUUGUGCUGUAUCAGAUGUGCAUGGAGGAUCCUACUGCGAAAGUGAUAUCUGUUACAAGCAAACCAAAAAGCAAAUGGCGACCAUUACCCCUUGAUACAGUGGAACUUGAAAAACUGGCUUCAAGAAAAUUGAGGAUGAGUGCUAAAGAAACCAUGAAAAUCGCGGAAAAGCUUUAUACUCAAGGGUUUAUCAGUUAUCCUCGAACUGAGACCAACAUGUUUCCACAAAACCUGAACCUUACCCUGCUCGUUGAGCAGCAGACACAAGAUAAUGAAUGGGGAAAUUUUGCACAGCGCAUUUUGAACAGCGGUGGGCCGACCCCGCGAAAUGGAAACAAAUCAGAUCAGGCCCAUCCCCCCAUUCACCCUACCAAGUACACCAACAGUUUACAGGGAAAUGAAAAACGGUUGUAUGAGUUCAUUGUGCGUCACUUCCUGGCCUGUUGUUCCAAAGAUGCUCAAGGUCAAGAGGUGAUAGUUGAAAUUGAAAUUACUGAGGAGAGAUUCUCUGCUAGUGGACUGACGAUCAUUGCGCGAAAUUACCUGGAGGUGUACCCUUAUGACAAGUGGUACAAUAAGGUUAUUCCAUUAUACAUGCCUGACACAACCUUCCAGCCCACAGCAAUUGAGAUGUUGGAAGGUCAGACCAGUCCACCACAGCUUCUGACAGAGGCAGAUUUGAUUUCUCUCAUGGAAAAGCAUGGCAUUGGUACUGAUGCAACACAUGCUGAACACAUUGAGACCAUAAAGAGCCGCAUGUAUGUAGGGCUGACAGCUGACCAGAGGUUCCUUCCAGGAGAGCUCGGCAUGGGUCUCGUUGAAGGUAUCAAACACAUUAAUAAAUUGGAGUCUUCAAAGAACUGCUACUUCUAUAUUUGUGGAUUAUUUCACUUUGUUUCAGGGUACAACUCUAUGGGGUAUGACAUGUCUAAGCCAGACCUGAGAGCAGAACUGGAGGCGGACCUUAAACUUGUGUCAGAGGGGCGGAAGGACAAAGCUUCUGUCCUUAGUUAUCAUGUGGCAAAAUACAAAGCUGUCUUUAUUGAGUCUGUGAGGAAGGCAAAGAAAUUGGAUGAGGCUUUGUCCAAUUAUUUGGGUCCGGCUCAGGAGUUUACAGAACAAGAGCAAGGAGAAAUGGAGUUACCGUUACCAGUUCGAAAGUGUCCUCAGUGUAACCGUGACAUGGUGUUGAAGAAGAAGAAAGACAGCACAAGGAUGUUUCUCUCAUGUCUGGGAUAUCCUGCAUGUAAAGCAGCUGUAUGGUUUCCAGACACAGUACUGGAGGUCAGCAGAGAUGAGAGCGUCUGUCCCACAUGCCGUCCACAUCCUGUGCAUAUGCUUAAGUUUAAAUUCAAGAAGGGAAGUCUUCCACCUAUGAUGCCCCUUGAAUUUGUCGGAUGCAUUGGAGGAUGUGAUGAGACUCUCCGAGAGGUCUUGAAUUUAAAGUAUCUCAGAGGAGGAGAUGGAGAUUCUGGCUCUCGGACUAAUAACAACUUAGUUUCCCAUCAGCCUCAUGUACCUAGAACCAAUUCAGCACCUCCGUUCAGGGUGGAGAACAUCAGACCUCCAGUACCCCGACCCCGAAAUGACAGCAAUAGGCCCCCAGCUAGUCUGCCACCUCCACACGCAGUACCACCACCAGCUUCAGACCAGGCCGAUGCCAUUGUGUGUAACUGUGGUCAGGAUGCAGUUCUUCUCACUGUUCGCAAAGAGGGUCCAAAUCAUGGGCGUCAGUUUUACAAGUGUAACACAGGGGAUUGUAAGUUCUUUCUGUGGGCCGAUCAGCCGGCUGAGCAGAGAUCGUCAGGAGGGUGCAGAGGGCCCCUAAGUCAGAAUUCGCUACCUCCCAGGGCCUCACUUGGCUUUGGAAAUGUACCUCAGCAAAGGCAGAACAGCAGAGGAUCUGGGCUUGAUGAGGGGGAAAUUAUGUGUAACUGCAAUGAGCCUGCAGUGACCAGGACUGUCAUGAAAGAUGGGCCAAACAAGGGCCGAAUGUUCCACACCUGUGGAAAACCACGUGAUCAGCAGUGUGGGUUCUUCCAGUGGGCAAACGAGAAUGUGUCUCCAGCCACAGUGUUUCCUGAAGGAAAUGGGGGUAAGCGUGGUCUGGACAAAAAGACCAGCACUGCCUCAAAUAAACCUCCUGCUGCCAAAAGGCAGAGAACCUGUGGAAUAUGUCAUGAGCCCGGACAUACCCGGGUCACCUGCCCUCAGGGCCAGUAAAAAAAAAAGUGGUAGAAAUUCUUUUUUUAAUAUUUGUAAAUAUAAAUUAAUUCUCUUAAGAGAUGUAAAGAUUUGUAUAGAAUAAAAUGUGCCAUGUAAA